AUGGCUUCCUUCGGAGAAGGACCCGUCGUAUCCCACCCGGGUCAGGGCUUCGUACAAACUGCCGGCGCCAAUAACCGCACCGGUAGGAGGCCACAGGAUACUAGUUCUGGUAAUAGGCGCAGGGGCAGGAGAAACAACGAGGUGUCCGAGAUCAAUCAAAGGUCUCGGCCCUCACCCCCUUCUGGUCCCCGUGGCUACCGCGGAGGCAAUAACCACCCUGCCAAUGGAAAUAACAGAGUACAAAAGCAGGCACCCCGCCAACCACAGGGCCCAGGGGGAAAAACAAAAUUCACCCCCCGGAGAAGUCGACGGGGUCCCGGUCCCCAAGGAGCCGGGCCCCAGCAUGGUGGCGCAAACAACGCGCCUAGAAACCCGGGUCAACACCGUGGCCCAUACCCACGGGUGUCCCGGGAUGGCGACACCAUCAUGCGCGACGCGCCCGCGCUUAACAAGCAGCCAGUGAGGCGGCCGGGCAUCUCCGUUCCUCACCCACCUCCUCAACGGGACGUGGUGAUGGUCGAUGUAUUUGCCACGCCUCCACCAUCUGAAGUGGAGGACGUGGUGAUGCUCGACGUCUUCACCACGUCCCACCCCGUUGAACAACAAUUUGCGGCACUCGCCAUUGCCGCACCACAAUUCGCCACAAGUACAGGGGAGGAGCCCCAAGACAUCGAAAUGAUGGAUGCUCCUCCCCUGUACUUUUAUUAA